CAGCCGCUCCGUUUCCUGUUAGGAGGUCCUCAUGGAUUUCACAAUCUCUGUGAACUCCUGCAUUUGCACAGUACGUUCGGUUGGCUGCGUCUGCAGGGAGGGCUGUUUCUGGGAGUAACCCAACACUCCGACAUCAUUCAGUUUGACUCAAAGCUCCAGGAUCCCUCUGAGUGAUCCGGACCUCUUUAUUUUCUUUUAAUUACAUCUAAAACAGAGUGGAUGGUUGACAGUUUAAAUAAUCACAACAUGUGGGAGCAGAUAAGGAGAAGGAGGAUGAAAAUGAUUGCGACCUGGCUUUUCUUGUUGCUUCUGUUGAGUCUGAGUGAACAAGACGGACAGCAAACAGGUGUUUCACGAUGCGGACCUCAGAACCUAACCGUCUGGGGUUUGGGUCAGACGCUCCUGGCAGAGUGGGAAGACGACGCAUCAUGCUUGGCUCUGAAUGACCCGAUCACCUACAAUAUGACAGUUCUCAUUGAAAACAAAGAAGUUUAUUCUGAUAAAGUCUCUGUGAUGCCGGACGACAUUGGAUCGACUCAUUCCUGGAACUGGACGUCUUAUUUGCCGUUGGAGUGUGCUUCUCACACCUUCAGGCUGAGAUCCCUAGUCCAAAACCAGAUGAGCCAGCUGGAACAAGAAAAGACUCUUCCUGGAGGUCAAACUGGCUCUGGUGGGGAAAGAGUCUUCCCUCAGGAUGCGGUGUUUGAUGUUGGCAGCACCGCCACCUUCUGCUGUGUCGUCCCAGAUGGUGAAAAGUUUGAUAAGAUGUUUCUGAGUAGAUCCACAGGCAGAAACAUGAGCAUCACCAAGAUCAGUGAGCAGAGAUACGCCCUGACUUUGCAGCUGGAGGAAGUCCCAGCUCAGGGUCUUGAUGUCUUGUGUAUGACCAAAGAACCAUCAAAGGGACACUAUGGAUCUACUGUUUUUGUUGGCUACCCACCUGAUGUUAGAGAUCUUUGGUGUGAAACUCGGGAUCUGGAGUCAGUGGAAUGCCUCUGGAGGGAAGGAAGAGGCACAAUGGUGGUAGCAAAGAGUCCGACACAGUAUCAGCUGGAUGGAAGUAAAUGUGACUCUGAAAAUAAAGGAAGAUGCUCUAAAAAGCUAAAGGUCGAAGUUGGUGAGAAGAACUGGACUCUAACAGCUUGGAACCACCUUGGAAAGGUGGAGAUCCAAGACACUGCAGAUCUGACCAAGAGAGUUCACAUGUUGGCUCCACAUGAGCUAACAGUUGCUGAUGUAAACGCCAGGACUGCCAUACUUAGCUGGAGGUGGACUGUGAAGUGGUACGAUAACCUGAGCCUGACGUGCCAGACCAACAUCACAGACACAGAGGGGCAUUUUCCCCAGAUUGAACACGGUGUCGGGCUGAAAGCUGCCAUUUUAACUGAUCUGAGACCAAACUGGGAAUAUCAAGUGAAGGUCCGGUGCAGAACAGCUGAACAUUUCUGGAAAUGGGGCACAUGGAGCAAAACCGUGACCUUUCGCACGUUGGGUGAUGUUGUGGAGGAGGAGACCAGAGACUGUACCAGGCUGGAGCAGACGAGAGACGGUGAAGAUGACUGAGGUUGGAGACGCGGCAGAGCUGGAGCAGGCAGUAGACUGGGACCGGCAGACUGAGGUAGAGAUCUCAGGCAGGCAGACGUAGGAAAUUCUGUCUGGCAGACAUAUGAAGCUCUGUCUGGCAGAUGUGGGUAGCACUGGCAGGACGAGGUUUGAGUGAAGAUGAUAUGGUGGGGAAGAGCUGACUGAGGAGAGCUUUUAAAGAGA